GCGCCACCUCGCCCCCCGGCUCGCGUGCCCCCAGCCAUGGCUUUCGCCAAUUUCCGCCGCAUCCUGCGCCUGUCUACCUUCGAGAAGAGAAAGUCCCGCGAAUAUGAGCAUGUCCGCCGGGACCUGGAUCCCAACGAGGUGUGGGAGAUCGUGGGCGAGCUGGGCGACGGUGCCUUCGGCAAGGUUUACAAGGCCAAGAACAAGGAGACGGGUGCCUUGGCUGCGGCCAAAGUAAUUGAGACCAAUAGCGAGGAGGAACUGGAGGACUAUAUCGUGGAGAUCGAGAUCCUGGCCACCUGUGACCACCCCUACAUCGUGAAGCUCCUGGGCGCCUACUACUAUGACGGGAAGCUGUGGAUUAUGAUCGAGUUCUGUCCUGGGGGAGCUGUGGAUGCCAUCAUGCUGGAGCUGGACAGAGGCCUCACUGAGCCCCAGAUUCAGGUGGUUUGCCGCCAGAUGCUCGAAGCCCUCACCUUCCUGCACGGCAAGAAGAUCAUCCACCGGGAUCUGAAAGCUGGCAAUGUGCUCAUGACCCUCGAGGGGGACAUCCGGCUGGCUGACUUCGGUGUGUCUGCCAAGAAUCUGAAAACUCUGCAGAAGCGAGAUUCCUUCAUAGGAACGCCUUACUGGAUGGCCCCCGAAGUGGUGAUGUGCGAGACCAUGAAGGACACCCCGUAUGACUACAAGGCCGACAUCUGGUCGCUGGGCAUCACGCUGAUUGAGAUGGCCCAGAUCGAGCCCCCGCACCACGAGCUCAACCCCAUGCGGGUCCUGCUCAAGAUCGCCAAGUCCGACCCUCCCACGCUGCUCUCGCCCUCUAAGUGGUCGGCAGAGUUCCGAGAUUUCCUGAAGACGGCUCUGGAUAAGAACCCAGAGACACGGCCCAGCGCUGCGCAGCUCCUGGAGCAUCCCUUCGUCAGCAGCGUCACCAGCAACAAGGCCCUGCGGGAGCUGGUGGCCGAGGCCAAGGCUGAAGUCAUGGAGGAGAUUGAAGAUGGCCGAGAUGAGGGGGAUGAGGAAGAUGCGGCGGAGGCUGCCUCUCCUCUGGGGAACCACACUCGAGACUCCUCCGAGGUGAGUCAGCUGAGCCUUGAUGUGGACAAACUUCUCAAAGAAUCACCUUUUACCACGCCACCUCCCAGCCAGCCUCAGGACGGUGUGAAUGGGCCCAGCGAACCCGCUGGGGACGGGGCCCUCCCCACCAGCCCCCCGGAUGUGGCCCCUGGAAAUGAGAAUGGCCCGGCGGUGCCCGUGCCCCUUCGGAAGUUCCGACCGGUGUCCAUGGGAGCCAGAAUUCAGGUGUCCGAGGAGCAGCCAGCUGCUGACCAGAGUGGAGACCUCAGUCCAGCGGCCAGCAGGUCCCAGAAAGCCAGCCAGAGCCGUCCCAACAGCAGCGCCCUGGAGACCUUGGGCGGCGAGCUGACCAAUGGCAGUCUGGAGCUCCCUGCCCCAGGGGCGCGGAGCCUUGCCAAGAGGGACUCGGAUUGUGGCAGCAUCUCCACCUCCGGGAGCACGGACUUCGGCACCUCCCUGUCAGCAGACAUGUCCGUGAACAAGGAGUCAGGCUCUCUGUCCAUCAAGGACUCACGGCUACACAAUAAGACCCUGAAGAGGACACGCAAGUUUGUGGUGGACGGCGUGGAGGUGAGCAUUACCACCUCCAAGAUCAUCAGCGAGGAUGAGAAGAAAGAUGAGGAGAUGCGAUUCCUCAGGCGCCAGGAACUCCGGGAGCUUCGGCUGCUCCAGAAAGAAGAACAUCGGAAUCAAACGCAACUGAGCAGCAAGCAUGAGCUGCAGCUGGAGCAAAUGCAUAAGCGUUUUGAACAAGAAAUCAACGCCAAGAAGAAGUUCUUUGACAUAGAGCUGGAGAACCUGGAGCGUCAGCAAAAGCAACAAGUAGAGAAGAUGGAGCAAGACCAUGCGGUGCGCCGCCGGGAGGAGGCCAAGCGGAUUCGCCUGGAGCAAGAGCGGGACUAUGCCAAGUUCCAGGAGCAGCUCAAGCUGAUGAAGAAGGAGGUGAAGAAUGAGGUGGAGAAGCUCCCCAGGCAGCAGCGGAAAGAGAGCAUGAAGCAGAAGAUGGAGGAGCACGCUCAGAAAAAGCAGCUUCUCGACCGGGAGUUCGUGGCCAAGCAGAAGGAGGACCUGGAGCUGGCGAUGAAGAGGAUCACGGCCGACAACAGGCGGGAGAUCUGCGACAAGGAGCGCGAGUGCCUCACGCGGAAGCAGGAGCUCCUUCGAGACCGGGAGGCGGCGCUGUGGGAGAUGGAGGAGCAUCACCUGCAGGAGAGGCACCAGCUGGUGAAGCAGCAGCUCAAAGACCAGUACUUCCUCCAGCGGCACGAGCUGCUGCGCAAGCAUGAGAAGGAGUGUGAGCAGAUGCAGCGCUACAACCAGCGCAUGAUUGAGCAGCUGAAGGUGCGGCAGCAGCAGGAGAAGGCGCGGCUGCCCAAGAUUCAGAGAAGUGAGGGCAAGACGCGCAUGGCCAUGUACAAGAAGAGCCUCCACAUCAACGGAGGGGGCAGCGCCGCUGAGCAGCGCGAGAAGAUCAAGCAGUUCUCCCAGCAGGAAGAGAAGAGGCAGAAGGCAGAGCGGCUGCAGCAGCAGCAGAAACAUGAGAACCAGAUGCGGGACAUGGUGGCCCAGUGCGAGAGCAACAUGAGUGAGCUGCAGCAGCUGCAGAAUGAAAAGUGUCACCUCCUGAUAGAGCACGAAACCCAGAAGCUGAAGGCCCUGGACGAAAGCCACAACCAGAACCUGAAGGAAUGGCGGGACAAGCUCCGGCCGCGCAAAAAGGCUCUGGAAGAAGAUCUGAACCAGAAAAAACGCGAGCAGGAGAUGUUCUUCAAGAUGAACGAGGAGACAGAGUGUGCAAACCCCACCACCCCAAACAAGGUCACCAAGUUCUUCCCCUACAGCUCUGCGGAUGCUGCUUCUUAACAGCCCCCCAGGGCCGCUCUGUGAACAAGUAACUCAGGACCCCCUUCCUUCUCGCUUCCAUGCCGCUUGAAUCCAGCCCCUGGCUGAGUGCCCCUCAGCUGUGCCCGACGGAACUGGCAUUCCUGACUUCUUGCUUACUGUGGAGGGCGAGGUUUCGUGAUGUGCUGCCUGAUCCUGUGUAUGUUCCCCCUGAGCCCCAGUGACCUGAGCUGUUGGCGGGGCCGCAGACCAGGAGGACUAGGUGUCCUGUGGCCUCGAGGCCGCUCCUGUUGCCAAGCCAGCAGCCAUGCUGUCUGGGAGCACAAAGCGCUGCUGCCGAGGCCCCCGUGGGCUCAUUCGUGCAGCACUUCUCAGUGGCCUUUCAGCGGUUCCCUGCGGUGGAAGACAAGAACCAGGGCUCUUAAUGGCCAUUUUGGCUACAGCAGAGCCUGGUCUGCAGCCGGAUGCUCAGGGGGUACCCCUGUUCCCCCAGCUCCCCCAGCGUGCUUUCCUCUUGAGACCACCUCCACAGUGGUGGAACGGGAAGAACCUGAACGCUUCAUUUUGAUCUCAGGUGUUUCGUGCCAUCUUGUGCUCCCCCUUUCUGCACACACAUCCCCCCCGCUUCCUAUGCACACAGAACAGGGCCUGCUGGUGCUGCGCAGGCUUGCCUCUGCCCUGGGCCUCUUGUGCUGGGUGCAUUGGAAGGUACUUGCUGGCUGAGCCCAUGCCACAGAGCAUAGGGCAAGCCAUUGGUAUGGGGCGGGGGGUGGUGGGGGGGCGCUGGGUGUUGGCCCCAGAGGCACAGAUGGUACAGGCUGAGUUGCCAGUCUGUGAUGCCUUUUUGGCCCCACAGAGGGAUCCUAUGUUCAGGGAUAAAUUCCUUGUCCCACAAGACUUGCCCAGCCAGUCCCUCUGUCUCACGGUUGCCCAUCCUGUCUGCAGGUGAUACAGGAAGGCCACUUCCCUCUGCGCUGUGUCCCUCCUACUUCAGGGUCCAGCCUUACACUUCAGACAGAGGCUCACAGGCACUGCACCUUCUCUUCAGGGAGAAACAACAUCAGGGAGAAAUAUGGAGUGCUUCUUGCCCCCAGAAACCUGACAGAAGCAAAGCUUCUGUGUCUUAGAUGGAGUCCUGGGCCUCAGUGCCUCAGCCGGCCUCCCAGAGAUCCCACUCCCCAUGGGCUAGGGCAUACAUAACCCAGUAAAGCGAAUGCUCAACCCAGCAUUUGAUUCAUCUACAAAGAAAACCUUUUUUUUCCCCCCACCUUUAUGUCUAACUUGAUAUAAAUGAAUAUCUUCCUUAGGAGAACAUCUGCUUUAAAAAAAAAAAAACAGAAAAACACGAAGGUUGACUUAGACGAGUCAAAUGGGCAUACUGAUUCUGGGUAUGAGUUUGCUGGUAAUGGGUGGUUAACACUCUGGGAAGAGUUCCUCUUUCUUUCUCACGUAUAGGUUAAGGUUAGAUGUUCUGUCUACAGCAAGUCCCUGAAGUUUUCUGGGUCCUCUUGUAACUGGAUUUUGGAAAGGAGGGUAACCAUUCAAUAGGAGAAGGGACUUGCGGUUCCACAGACUUAAACAUGCAGUGAAGACGCCCUGAGGGCCGUGGGAAGGUACUGGUCCGCUUAGGUUAGUGAGCACUCAGCUUGCCUGCUUCAGUAUUUGACCCAGCAGGGAUAGUUUUCAGGCCUCCCACAGAUGAGAUAAGGAAAUGACGGUCCCCUCUGACUCUCUUUGGUGCACAGGUGCUGGGGAAACACAACUAGCGGCAGCGUAACGACAGGACACAGACACAGUUCCACCGGGCGAAGGGUCUCGCAUUGGCCGAUGGCAGGGCUGAUUUGGGCUUUGUUUACAGUGCUGCCUUCCGCAGCCUGGGGAAUGAGAGCGAGUAUCAGGAGAGGCCAGUCCCACGGUUUAGGUGGAAGUCCUUCACACUGGAGUCUCACUCAAGGAGGUGCCGCCUUCUGCUCAGCACUGCUCGAGCCCUACUAGCUCCCCUGUCCCUUCUGGAUGGGGUCCGCUUGGGUCUCCCAGGCUCACAGUUAAGCCAGUAUGACGCCCCUCACUGAGGAAGCCCAUGCAGUAUUCUUCGUGUUCUGUGCUAAUGUUUUCUCUGGAAGGGACAGACGGAACUGUUUCUCAUUUCCAGUCAGUUUUUAGCAGAGUAAAUAGAACUAACUUAUAUUUUCCCUUUUAUGGAGAAGUUAUUUUUAUGUAGUUUCCAAACUUUAUAUAAAAAACUUUUGUAAAGUGUUCUCUGCAAAAUUAACUGCAAGAAUGUAAAUAUGCUUCUAAUAAAAUAACAAGGUGAGAAA